UGCUGCUGUCCUCCAUCCAGGCACCUUGCUGCUAGCGGGUCGCAGCUACAGCCGCGGCGGCAGCACGGAGCGUCUCCCCGGGAAUGUCCCAGCCCCUGUAACCGAGCCCCGAGCCGGAGCACCCAGCGCAGCCAGCACACCCCGGGCGGGACCCGGCUCCACACUGCGGGGGACAUGACGACGCGAUCGGAGAGGGAGAAAGCCCAGAAACUGAACGAGCAGCAUCAGGCCAUCCUGUCCAAACUGCUGCGGGAGGAAGACAACAAGUACUGCGCGGACUGCGAGGCCAAAGGUCCUCGGUGGGCCUCAUGGAACCUCGGGGUGUUCAUGUGCAUCCGCUGCGCCGGCAUCCACCGCAACCUGGGGGUCCACAUCUCCAGGGUGAAGUCCGUCAACCUGGACCAGUGGACACCGGAGCAGAUCCAGAGCAUGGUGGACAUGGGGAACACCCGCGCCCGGCAGCUGUACGAGGCCCACCUGCCGGAGAGCUUCCGGCGGCCGCAGACCGACCAAGCCGUGGAAGUCUUCAUCCGGGACAAGUACGAGAGGAAAAAGUACUACGAUAAGGAGGCCUUGGCCGCGUCGUCUGAAUCCGCCGCUGCCGCCGCCGCCGCCUCCACCUCGCCGUCCUCCCAGGCCGACAGGAGCAAACAGGAGAAGGAGCGUGAAAAGAAGAAGGAGGAGAAGAAGAAAGAGAAGGACACGGACAGAGUGGAAAGACACAGCACAAAGUCUGAGUGCAGACCCAGUCCCAAGAGAAGCCCCGAACCCGCCGUGGACCUGCUGGGCCUGGAUGCUCCAGAGGGCGGCGGCGGCAAGGGCGGCGGAUCAGCCAGCGAGCUGGACAUCUUCGGACCGAUGGUCUCCAACCCCCUCCCCUCCUCCAGCAACACACAGCAGGCUCAGCCUGCUUCCAGUGCGGCGCCUGCUCAGGUGGAGGCCUCCAGCUCCUCCGCUGGGACGUCCUCCACCUCCACCGCCACCGCCACCGCCACCAAGGUGGAGGAGAAGAAGCUGCUGUCUAAAGACUCCAUCCUGUCCCUGUACGCCAGCAGCUCGGUGGGCGGCCAGCCGCAGAGCCAGCCGCCGGCCGCGGGACAAGGUGUGUUCAUGGGCCAGCCCCAGAUGCAGUUCGCCCCGCAGGGCUUCGCCCCGGCGAUGGGCGGAGGCGUCCCGCCCGCCACCGUGAUGGGCGGAGGGGCCGUGAUGCCCGGCAUGAUGCCGAACGGAGGCUACAUGGGCGUGCAGCCGCCGGGCGGCCAGCCGCAGAGCGUGUUCGGCGUGCAGCAGCAGCAGCAAGGCCAGUGGAACAUGAACCAGGUGACCCAGCAGAUGUCGGGCGUGGCUCUGAGCGGCGGCGGGCCGCCGGGCGCCCCUCCCGCCGGCGGCUGGCCCGCCGCCCCGCCGCCGGCGUCGGGUCAGACCCUCAGCACCCAGCUGUGGAAGUGAGCGGCGGAGGGGGUUCGCAGGGUCAGCCGGUGGGCGUGUCCACCGCUCCGAGUCAAUCACGCACAGCAGGGGGUGCGGGGGGGGGCGCACCUUUCCUCCGGUCCCUUCUCAAAGCCAUGGCGCCAUCUUCGUGGACAAAAAAACAAAGAAAAAACGAAAGUG